AUGUCAUUUUCAAGCCAAGCUAUCAUUUCAACCGAACAAACAAUUUCCAACCCUAUUUCCGAUCGUGCUUUGGGAUUGAUUUUAGGUACAGCUAUUGGAGAUGCAUUAGGUAUUCCAUAUGAAUGUAAAAAGUAUGAUGAGAUUAAAAAGAUGAGAGAAAAUCAAAAUUUCAAUGAGAUCAUAAUGAAGAAUGCUAAUCCCUUUGUGAAGUGCAAAGAUCAUCCUUUCAUUCCCGAAAAUUUCAAACCAGGUGAAUACACCGAUGAUACACAAUUAACCCUGGCAAUGGCUAGAGCUUUACAUCGAUUCACGAAUGAAAUGAAAAAUUCAAAAGAAACCAACGAUGACCUUUCAAAUCAAGACGUGUUCAUCAAUAGAUUCAUGCCACUCGUAGUGGAAGAGCAUGUUCUUGAAUUUAAAAAGUCUAUUAUUGGAUGGGGAGGAACAAAGAGAGCUAUUCAAAGAUUAUCAGAAGGAACACACGAUUUCAAAACAAGCGGUAAUGUUGGAGCUAAGGGAAAUGGUGUUUUGAUGAAAUUAGCUCCCUUGUAUUUGUAUUAUUUUCAUAGAGUAUUGAAAUUGACACCUGGUAUGAGUUCAACCGAAGGAAUUCAUUGGAUUGAAAAAGCAUCACACGAAUGGAUGGACGAGCAAUUGAAAACCAUUACUAUCAUGACACACAACACAGAAUCAUGUAUUAUCACAACAUGUAUACUUGUUCGUUUUGGAUUACUUGUACUGUUAUUUGGAGACCAAUUUGUUCAACACAAAGGCGAAAUUAUUAGCAACUUGAUUGAUUAUUGCAAGGAAAUGGAAAACAAAUUUUUGAAUAGUGCAAGUCAUGAAAUAUCCUCACGUUUACAGCUGUUGAAAGACAAUCUAGGAGUGUUACAUGACGAUGCCAUACUUAUCAAUGUCAGCAACGAAGGAACUUAUGAAAGUGUCAAUAGUUUAAUCAUGGUGUUAGGUCUAAUUCUUUCGGUCGAUAGCAAUGUGUCACAACCAUUCGAUCUAGUAUUACGAGCAGCAACCAUUGGAGGAGAUUGUGAUAGUAACGCAGCCAUGACUGGUGCUUUGAUUGGAGCUGUAUUUGGAAAAUCUGCACUUCCUCACACAUUUAUCUCACACUUGAUUGAUCAUGAAAUGUUAAUUGACGAAGGAAAACAAUUUUCUUUAUCAUUGUAG